GCCUUCUAGUGGCCUGGCGGGCUCGGUGGCACUGGUGUGACCUUCCGAUCCUGCCGUUCUUCCCGCCAUGGCCGCCGCUGGUGUCCUGGUGGUGUCGAGGCUGGCUGCGGCCUCCGCGUUCGCGUCACUCCCCAGCCUCCUGCGGCCGCAGCUGUCCUGUAGCUGGACGCCCGCCCAGCGCGCUGCCGCCCUUCACGGCUCCGCGCCGCGACCCGCAGCCAGGGUCGCUUUGGUACUGUCUGGAUGCGGAGUCUACGACGGAACCGAAAUCCACGAGGCCUCUGCGAUACUGGUGCACCUGAGCCGUGGUGGGGCCGAGGUCCAAAUCUUUGCUCCUGAUAUCCCUCAGAUGCAUGUGAUUGACCACUCCAAGGGACAGCCUUCUGAGAGCGAAACCAGGAAUGUUUUGACUGAGUCAGCGAGGAUCGCCCGUGGCAAGAUUGCAGACCUGGCCACACUCACUGCAAGCAACCAUGAUGCCGCCAUCUUUCCCGGAGGCUUUGGAGCUGCCAAAAACCUGAGCACAUUUGCUGUGGAUGGGAAGGAUUGCCGUGUUAACAAAGACGUGGAACGUGUCCUGAGGGAGUUCCACCAGGCCGGGAAGCCCAUUGGCUUAUGCUGUAUUGCGCCUGUGCUGGCGGCCAAAGUGCUCAGAGGUGUUGAGGUCACCGUGGGCCACGACCAGGAAGAGGGUGGUAAGUGGCCCUAUGCUGGGACUGCAGACGCUAUCAAGGCCUUGGGCGCCAAGCACUGUGUCAAGGGAGUGACCGAAGCUCACGUUGACCAAAAAAACAAGGUGGUCACAACCCCAGCCUUCAUGUGCGAGACAGCACUCCACCACAUCCACGAUGGCAUCGGAGCCAUGGUGAAGAAGGUGCUGGAACUCGCUGGAAAGUGAUGCACACGGAAGGCGCCCAGCGCAGGGCUCUGGGUUCAGUCUCACCCACUUAGCCCUGAGCUGGAGGCCAGUUGCCGUCCAUCUGGGAAUAGGACAGGAGUUUGGUGUCUCCCUGUGGAGGGAGGUCUGGAUGUAUGGGGUCCUCUGAGACAUCUGUCCCACGGAGAUGGAACAGAGGCAGCUGAUGAGUUAGUCUCUCUGCCUCUUAGAAGCAGCUGUGACUCACCACACUGGGAGUCUUUGAAAAUUUACACCUAAGCCACUUUUUGAGGAAGAGAAUUGAUUCGGGUAGAGAAAUACUAUUUUGUAAUCUUAGGUUCAGCAGUUCAAGUUAUUUAGUUUUUGAAAGAAGAAAAAUUUAAACUUGUAGUCUGCUAAUCAGGAAAACAGAAAUACCACGUUUGUAGGUAAAGAUUGAUUGAAGUAAACUUGUGCUAAUUACAAAAAGUGGAUUUUUAUAGCUGGCCCUUCAGCCACAGAGAAUAUAUUCCUUUCUAAAAUGGAACUUCUGAAAGCCGCUCCGUGUUAGCCUUUCUCAAAAUGGCAAAUAGGGAGUAUAAAUGAGUUUUCUUAAAUGA